ACCGCGGGCGGCGGCGGCGGCGGCGGCCGGAGGCCCGGAGGCCGGGGAGGCCGCGGCGCGGUCACUGCGAGCCGAGCCGAGCCGCGCCGAUCGCCAUCCGGCCCCCGGCCCUCGCUCGCGAUCCCGGCCGGCGGCGCGGUCCGGCGCGGGGCCGGUGGCGCCGCAGCCCAUGGAGCUCGAGAACAUCGUAGCGAACACGGUGCUACUCAAGGCCCGGGAAGGCGGCGGCGGGACCCGAAAAGGCAAGAGCAAGAAAUGGCGCCAGAUGCUCCAGUUCCCUCACAUCAGCCAGUGCGAGGAGCUGCGGCAGCACCUGGAACAUGAUUACCACAGCCUGUGUGAGCGCCAGCCCAUCGGCCGCCUGCUGUUCCGGGAGUUCUGUGCCACCCGGCCUGAGCUGACCCACUGCAUCGCCUUCCUGGACGGGGUGGCCGAGUAUGAGGUGACCCCUGACGAGAAGCGGAAGGCGUGUGGGCGGCGGCUGAUACAGAAUUUUCUGAGCCACACGGGUCCUGACCUCAUCCCCGAGGUUCCCCGGCAGCUGGUGACAAACUGUGCCCAGCGGCUGGAGCAGGGGCCGUGCAAAGACCUCUUCCAGGAGCUCACCCGGCUCACUCACGAGUUCUUGAGCAUGGCCCCCUUUGCCGACUACCUCGACAGCAUCUACUUCAAUCGUUUCCUGCAGUGGAAAUGGCUGGAAAGGCAGCCGGUGACCAAAAAUACCUUCAGGCAAUACCGAGUCCUGGGCAAAGGCGGCUUUGGGGAGGUCUGCGCCUGCCAGGUGCGGGCCACAGGCAAGAUGUAUGCCUGCAAGAAACUAGAAAAGAAACGGAUCAAGAAACGGAAGGGGGAGGCCAUGGCCCUCAACGAGAAGCAGAUCCUGGAGAAAGUGAACAGUAGGUUUGUAGUGAGCUUGGCCUACGCCUACGAGACCAAGGACGCCCUGUGUCUGGUGCUGACGCUGAUGAACGGCGGGGACCUUAAGUUUCACAUCUACCACAUGGGCCAGGCCGGCUUCACCGAGGCCCGAGCAGUCUUCUACGCCGCCGAGAUCUGCUGUGGCCUGGAGGACCUGCAUCGGGAACGCAUCGUGUACAGGGACCUGAAGCCAGAGAAUAUCCUAUUGGAUGACCACGGGCACAUCCGUAUUUCUGACCUGGGCCUGGCCGUGCACGUGCCCGAGGGCCAGACCAUCAAGGGCCGCGUGGGCACCGUGGGUUACAUGGCUCCGGAGGUGGUCAAGAAUGAGCGGUACACCUUCAGCCCUGACUGGUGGGCGCUGGGCUGCCUGCUGUACGAGAUGAUCGCCGGCCAGUCGCCUUUUCAGCAGAGGAAGAAGAAAAUCAAGAGGGAGGAGGUGGAGCGGCUGGUGAAGGAAGUGACAGAGGAGUACUCGGAGCACUUCUCACCCUUGGCCCGCUCCCUUUGUUCCCAGCUCCUCUGUAAGGACCCUGGCGAGCGCCUGGGCUGUCGUGGGGGCGGCGCCCGUGAGGUGAAGGAGCACCCCCUCUUCAAGAAGCUGAACUUCAAGCGGCUGGGAGCAGGCAUGUUGGAACCUCCCUUCAAACCCGACCCUCAGGCCAUCUACUGCAAAGACGUCCUGGACAUCGAGCAGUUCUCCACGGUGAAGGGUGUGGAGCUGGAGCCCGCCGACCAGGACUUCUACCAGAAGUUCGCCACGGGCAGCGUGCCCAUCCCCUGGCAGAAUGAGAUGGUGGAAACCGAGUGCUUCCAGGAGCUGAAUGUCUUCGGACUGGAUGGCUCCGUGCCCCCCGACCUGGAUUGGAAGGGGUUGCCGCCCGCGCCCCCCAAGAAGGGCCUGCUGCAGAGGCUCUUCAGCCGCCAGGACUGCUGUGCCAACUGCAGCGACAGCGAGGAAGAGCUUCCGCCCCGCCUUGAGCUCCCCCCCCACCUCGAGCUCCCCACCCGCCUCUAGCCCCUCGACUUGAGCGCCCCCCACCCCCGCGGCGGCGAUGAUGCCCCGCGCUGUCGGCCCGGCGGGGUGUGCCCGGGGCGGCCCCCCCACCACCAUGGACAGGGGAAAAGAGGGGGGACGGCCGGAGGAGCGGUGUGCUCCCCCUGCCAGCCGCCUGCCCCGCCCCUGCCUGCGUCUUCUGCUCUGAGCUCCUCCUGGACAGGGGCGCCCUUCGGCGCAGGCCGGGAUGGACGGACGGACAGACGGAUGGACAGACAGGUGGACGGAGACCGAUGCGCAGAGCGCCGCCGGUGUUCACAGGCCUUCGCGGAGUGGGGGCCGGGGUGGGGGGGUUCCAAGGCCCAGUCCAAGGUCGCCCGGACCCCCGGGGUCUAGCACUGUGCCUGCCCCGCUGGACACUCGUGCCUCACCGGACUCCAGGCCCCGCCCCGCCGCCGAGGCGCCCUGCGGACCCUUCUCAGCGCUUGCCGGAGCUGGGGGGGGAUUCGAGGUGGGGGGUGGGGACGCCUCUGUCAGCCUCUCCCUGCAGCCCCCAAGGCCUGUGCCAAAGUGGGACCGGAAGUGGGGCUGUCCCGCCCCCCCAGCCCCCUACUGCCAGCUUCCCCCAGGGGGUUGGCCUCCGCCUUCCAAUCCCGGGGGGCGCCCCUGCACCCCCCACACGUGCUGGGUCCUGAUGCCAAGGCGCCUCUUCCGGAGAUGCCCCCGCCGGGGGUGGGGGCAGGGGUGGGGGGCCAAGGCAUCCCUGCUGCCCCCGUCGAACAUUCCAGAGUCCCCUCUUCGCCCUAGACACACGUGCCCAGCAAUAAUCCACCCACCCCUGUGCGGGAGUCCGGGACGUGUGCGUGCGUGCGCGCAGUGGGGGCGGGGGGCUGCGUCCGACGGGAACCGCCCCCCCACCCGUCAGCCUUGGUCCCUCCCAGACUGUGAGGGCCGUCUCGGGGUUCUCCCCCCACCACCCGUCUGAGGGUCCAGUGGGAACCCAGGGCCCGCGUUAUGUUUUCAUUGUUUUAUUUUGUUUUUGUUUCCAUUAUUUAAAGCCGGUUUUUCUUA